CGUCACAAAGAUAAUCUGAUACGACCACCUACCCUCGAUUUCAGCAGUUACGAUGGCAGCCAAGUGUUUAUAACUUCUCAAUCAUCGUUCUAGAAACCAGUGUCUGAAGUUAGACUUUUUGCGUUUUCAGGCAUCUCGCAACGUGUUUGUUUUGUAGGAUUAUCAAAGGAGAAAUCCCGAGUAUGAAGCUCCUCGAGACUGAAUUCUCAUACUCAUUCCUCGAUAUCGGGCCCUUGUCAAACGGCCACUCUUUGGUUAUUCCGAAAUACCACGCACAAAAAGUCCACGAACUCCCAGACGAAUACCUCCGAGAUAUUCUUCCGAUUGCUAAGAAAAUUGCUAUUGCGCAGGGAGCAGAGAAUUAUAAUGUGUUGCAGAAUAAUGGGAAGCCGGCUCAUCAGCUCGUAGACCACGUCCACUUCCAUGUUAUUCCUAAACCCAAUGAAGAAGAAGGACUCGUUAUUGGAUGGCCUGCGAAGAGUCCAGCAAAGGAAGAGCUUCAGAAGGUGUAUGAUGAGAUGAAAAGGAAGUUGGGAUUGUAAGGGUCGGAAGUCUGUUCUCUGAUUUGCGAAAACGAAUGGGGAAAAGCUGGAUGCAUGAGGCGAUGGAUGGAAACUGGAAAGAACGUUGACGAUAAGGUUGAAUGGAAAUGUACGUACGUAUGUAUUAUCUAUCUUUUGUGCGAUCAGCGGCGGAGG